AUGUGGUUUGAACAAAUUUACUCGGGUAUAAUAACAAUUGCGUUUGUUGCUGGAGCGUGUUAUAUAUCGUGUCCAUUCAAUUUAUUGGAUGUUGGACGAAAAUAUAGAAGGGAUUAUGGAACAACUGGAAGGAUUGCAAUGAGUAAGCGUGAUCAUCGUUUAACUGGCAAUCAGUAUGUUAUUUCUGGACUUGAUUCAAUUCCCGAUAUGUAG